GCUUUCGACUUUUCACAAGCUGAAUGACCACGACUGUUCUGCAAAUCAGUUAGGUUUUACGUCGGCAAUUUGUAAUUGGAUUGCUGUCGAAACUGAAAUUUUGCAUUGACUAGUGCUGUAAGUAAAAUCCGAUCAAAGCUUUGAAAACAGAAGUUGCUAGAUAACGUUAGCUAAGUCAAGCAAAUAAUUAGCGUAGCUACACACAGCUCACUAACUAGCUUGCUUCUUACACACUAACGUGGCACAAACUGGUUGAAGAUGGAGAUAGCAGCUCUUAUUGCCUUGACGUUAAUUAUAGGAGCAUUACUUAUUUUGGUUGCCGUCACGGUGGGGAAACAGAAAGGUGAAAUAAGUGAACAGAACGAACAGACUGAAAACUUAAUCGCUGAAGAGAAUUCAGUGAAAACUUCAGUUUCCAAGAAACUAAAGCAGGACAAACAACGCCCUCGCAAAGAGAAACCUCAGCAACACACAUUCAGCCACCCCCUUGUUGCAUCCUCACUAAAGAGUCACAGUGCUAACGUGACAUGCCUCGACUUCAGCAGUAAUGGAAAAUACCUUGCCUCCUGUGCCGAUGACCGUACGGUCCGAAUCUGGAGCACCAGAGACUUCCUGGACAGAGAUCACAAAUGUCUCAGGGCUAAUGUGGAACUGGACCAUGCCACGCUGGUUCGCUUCAGUCCGGACUCGAGGGCCUUUAUUACUUGGCUUGCAAAUGGAGAUACCAUCCGCAUCUUUAAGAUGAUCAAGAAGGAAGAUGGGUCCUUCAAUUUUAAAGCUGCUCCAGAAGACUUUCCCCAAAGACACAAGGCCAAUAUAAUAAACAUUGGAAUUGCGGAAACCGGUAAGUUCAUCAUGAGUGCCUACACAGACACCACCAUUCUCAUCUGGGACCUUAAAGGAGAGGUUCUGGCCUCUAUCACCACUAAUCAGAUGACUAAUUCCUAUGCUGCUAUCUCACCCUGUGGCAGGUUUGUUGCCUCUUGUGGCUUCACCCCUGAUGUAAAGGUGUGGGAAGUCUGCUUUGGGAAGAGCGGGGAGUUCAGAGAGGUGUCGCGAGCGUUUGACCUCAAGGGGCAUUCAGCAGGGGUCCACUCGUUUUCAUUCUCCAAUGACUCUCGCAGAAUGGCCACGGUGUCCAAAGACGGCACGUGGCGAUUGUGGGACACCGACGUCGAGUACAAGAAACAGCAAGACCCUUACCUGCUCCUGUCCGUACCGUGCCAGUCCUCGGACGGCAGCCUCGUGGCGCUCUCUCCCGAUGCCCGCGUGGUCGCCGUCUCCAACGGCUGCGACGUGGCCAUGUACGACGCGGCCACGGGCCGGCUGGAGGAGGAGUUCCAUGGCGUCCACGGCGUCGAGAUCACCGACCUGAGGUUCGACAUCAACAGCCGCUUCCUGGUGUCCAGCGGGGACAGGGCCAUCCGCGUGUUCCACAACUCGCCGGGCUACAGGGCGGCCAUCCGGGACAUGCAGGCCAUGCUCAAGAAGGCCCAGAACGAGGGGAUGAAACAGAGGCUGCAGCAGCAGAUACAGGAGGCGCAGAGCGCUCUUGACACUGUGCUGGCCGAACCCAAGGACUAAAGACCCCUUCUGUGUGUUGUGGUGUCUCGCUCUCUCUCUCUUUCACUGCCUCCUCUUCACAUCAUGGCUUGCAAUGGCUACUGUCAUCGAAGUGGCAUUUGCAUGCUGGUUUAAUAAAGAAAUGGUUUUUAAGGAAAA